UUACUUAAACAUACUUAAUAUGAAAUUAUUUUCUAAAACUGUGCAUGUAUUAUUAUUGUUUGUCAAAACUUAUCUAUAUUUAGACGAUAAACCUUCAAACUUUCAAUCAAUUAUAUUUUACAUUUAGGAAGGUGAUACACCGUAUAUUAUCUUCAGCCUACUUAUUUGACAUAAUUCCGUUCAUGCCUAUAUAACUGUCGUUUACUGUCUCAUAACUUUAAAAUGGUCGUACAAGACAGACCGUGAGGAUCAUGAGGAAAAAAGUUAGAGGCUCAUUUAUUAUUCACGGAAUAUUCGUUUCCGUCCAUUAGCGGAUUCUCAGAGAUAACGGUGUACACGUUGUAACGAUCAACAAUCGAACGCGUGAACUUUCAAACAUGUUUUUAUCUAAUUUCGCAUCACUUGACGAGGAAGCUUAAGGAAGAUAAAAGCCUUCGGAAUGCGCGAAGUAGGAAGGAGUGAGGGACCUCUGAUCGACGGAGUUUAUCAUUAAUGUCGUUACCGUGGCAGUUCCGACGGCAGUUUACCGUUUAUUUCGUCCGAGUGGCAUCGCGCCGCCCGCGAUUAUUUAGCUUCGACAGAUACGCGUGGGAGCGCGAGGCUCAUCGCGGGACUCCGCGCGAUAUUCACACGAGGAUGAGUAUCGGUAUCGCGUCGGCGGUACUCGUCGUUCUCGCACUCGUGCCUGCCGACAGUGCCGCGGGAUACGUGCGACCGAUCAACGACGGACCUCUGCCAGUAGCCCCGAUUCUUGAUUUACUUCCAAAGGAUGACCAGGUUUCAAAGAGAGGUUUCGGCAUUCGCGAAAACAAGUGGAUUCUCCUGUCCGCGGAUCAGGAGGAUACCGCGGACAAGAGAAGUGAAACGAAUUGCACGAAGCGCUCGAUCGAUGAAUUUCCGGAGAUAUUUACGUAUGAGCAGCGUAGUCAGGGCGCGGUGAUACUUCACAUCUUCUUUGGUUUCUAUUGCUUCAUUCUGACGGCGUUCGUCUGUAACGACUACCUGUUACCGGCGCUCGACAUUAUAUGCACGCGACUGAACAUUAGCACCGACGUGGCUGGAGCGACUUUUCUCGCCACCGCGAGUUGUUUUCCCGAGCUGUUUGUUAAUGUUGUCGGCACUUUCCUGACCGAGUCCGACCUCGGUGUUGGUACCGUAAUGGGCGGCGCAGUCUUCAAUACCUUCGCGACACCGGCAUGCGGCGCGUUAUCAGCGAUCCACGCUAUACCAUUAGAAUGGCGAAUAUUAACACGAGAUUGUAUAAUUUACGUCAUAUCGGUAGCUGUUUUGGUGGUCAUAAUGUGGGAUGGCAUAAUCACUUUGUACGAAGCGAUCAGCCUUAUGGUGCUGUUUGUCACUUAUUUGACAAUAUUAUUUUGCAAUAAAUGUAUUGCGCGUUGGUACAAUAAGUUUGCGCAUCUGUUUACUUGCAAAACCCGCAGUACUGACAUUUCCGAGAAAGAGACUCCUAAAAGCAAUGAAGAGCCAAUGCCUGACGGCCUUUAUAGACCAUAUUUUCAUGGUGAACUCGUAGCGGAAUAUAGAAAAAGUGUAGCCAGGAAUCCUUCAACUAAUGGUAUAGAAGCACAGGAUCACGUGGCAAAAGUGGAGGAAUAUGUAGAACCAGAUACUCCCUUUGUAUGGCCGACUGGCGAUACACUAGCCAAAAUCUGGUUCUGGUUCGUAUGGCCUUUGAGAUUACUUUUGUUCGUUACGAUACCGGACAGCAGAUAUAAACGAUGGAAAAACUGGUACUUCCUAACGUUCAUCAUGUGCGUCAUAUGGAUCGCGGUAUCCUCCUACUUGACGUCAUGGAUGACGACCGUCCUUGGCGAUACCAUUGGAAUUCCGGAUUCCGUGAUGGGUAUCACAUUCCAAGCCGCCGGUGGCAAUAUGCCGGAACUCGUCUCGAUCAUCAUACUGUCCAGACAAGGCAACGGUGAUAUGGCUAUGAGCAAUACAUUAGGUGCGAACACGCUCGACAUCCUGCUUUGUCUCGGUCUACCGUGGAUGAUCAAGAUCAUUUUGGACAAAAAGGAUAUCGUGAUCGUUUCGGGUGCUCUACGUUUCAGUGUAUUCUCGAUUAUCGUGUGUGUAAUAGCCUUUUAUACAGUUACUGCAUUCUAUAAGUAUCACUUGAACAAGAAAGUAGGUAUCAUUUGUCUGAUAUUAUACGCGAUAUUUUUGGUCUUUGCCUUAUUGUUCGAACUGAACGUUUUCUUCCCGGUGAACUUACCUAUAUGCCCAUAAAUCUGUCGUGCUG